AAACGCCGUGACAACACUUUCCUAGGUUAGUCAUCUGUAGUAAUUUAUGUUAAUUUAAGAUUAUCCUAGUUUAGACCUAGUUUACUUCGGUGGUCUACGCGACAGAUAAUACAAAAUGAGUGUUUAAAAUGAAGUGAUAAAUUUAGCAGCGUCUACCAUUCACUGUCUUCAAAUGCUAAAUGAUUUCAAUUUAAACUCAACUCUUUAGUGUUAGAACCACUGACAACCUCAUCAAAAUGAAAUCGAACUGCUCAUAUUUAUUGUUCUUCUUCUGGUUUGCAUGUAUUAUAUCUGUGCAAGUACUGCUCUUUAUGAAUGGAUUUCUUCUGACGCGAGUCUCCCAAUUUAAAAAUGCAACUUGUGAUGGGAUCAUUGAUUGUGAAGGCCCUGAUAACAGCUGCAAACAGUCAGAUUUGCUUCCAACACAACACAAGGACUACACAGGACAGACAUGUAUUAAAAAGAAAACUAAAGUUAUGAUAUUGCUAGUGGAUGCAUUCCGAUAUGACUUUGCACUAUACAAUGACAGUAUACAAGACCCAGAAAUGUACCAGAAUAAAAUUAAAGUCAUCAACACUUUACUGAAUGACCAACCUAAUCAUUCAAGAUUAUUUACAUUUGUUGCUGAUCCACCAACAACCACAAUGCAGAGAUUAAAAGGUUUGACUACCGGAAGUUUACCGACAUUUAUUGAUGCUGGAUCCAAUUUUGCAUCACAUGAAAUCAAUGAGGAUAACAUUUUAGAUCAGUUAGUAAAUAAUGAGUACAAAGCCGUUUUUAUGGGUGAUGACACAUGGACAGGAUUAUAUCCGCGUAGAUUUGUGCGUAGUUUUCCAUAUCCUUCAUUUAAUGUGUGGGAUUUAGAUACAGUUGAUGAUGGAGUGUUGGCUCAUUUAUACAAUGAGAUGGAUUUUGAUGAUUGGAAGCUGAUUGUUGCACAUUUUCUUGGAGUUGAUCAUUGCGGUCAUAGAUAUGGACCAAGUCAUCCAGAAAUGUCGCGGAAACUUACACAAAUGAAUGAUGUCAUUGAGAAAGUUAUAAAAAGAUUGGAUGAUGAUACAGUUUUAUUUGUUAUUGGUGAUCAUGGGAUGACUAGCACAGGUGAUCACGGUGGUGAAAGCACCAAUGAAAUCAACGCUGCUAUGUUUGCGUACUCAAAACGUCCAUUUUCGAAAUCACUUUACGCCCAUAACAACACAGUAAAACAAGUUGAUCUUGUUCCUACGUUAUCGACAUUACUAGGUGUGCCCAUUCCACACUCAAAUUUAGGUUCUCUUAUUCAUGACUGCAUCCCGGCUGAUGCACAUACAUGGAAACAGGCGUUAAUAGCAACCUGGGCGAAUGCUCAACAAUUAACGAAUUACAUUCGCGAGUAUUCUAAAACAUCACAACUAUUCCCUGCUGAUCAGUUAUAUAGAAUUUUCGGCAUGUAUGAAACACUCAAAAUAGACUUCCUGAAAGUACGUAGUGAAGACAAUGCACAACAAUUUGCACAAAACGUGAAUGAUUUUAUACUCAGCACGAGAAAGAUGUGUGAAGAAAUAUGGAUACAAUUUGACGCGUUUAGUAUGGCUCGUGGACUAUUACUAAUCUCCACCGUUACAAUAUUUGUUUAUUUAAUAAUUGAAGGAUCUGCGGAUUUGUCUGAGAUCGUAAACAAAGAGUUAGUGAUUGCGUGUUACACGUCGACUGCAUUUAGUAGUCUGGUCGGUUUUCUCCUAUAUUUUUUUAACAUCGCGCCUGUUUUAAUGAACACGGUUUACUUCGCUGUGGGUUUAUCGGCGUUGUUAGUGCUGGCAUUUAUAACCGUGCGGAAUUUUCAAGAAAUUUCAAGUGAAUUAUACACAGCUAGUAAAAGUAGGGAUUGGACUGACAUUAUAAACCGCGUUGUCUUAGCUUUUAGUGGACUUAUGUUCCUUAGCAAUAGUUUUAUUCUGGAAGAAUCCAAAGUAAUGUUGUUCUUUCUUCUGACAUUGAUUUUAAUACAACUCGUGCAAUAUACACUUACCAAAGUAAAGAACAAGAGUAUCACGUUAAAAUUACUCGCUAAGAAUAAACUACUACUGUUAGUUUUGAUAAUGUGCGUAAUGAUUAGAGUCUCGAUGAAUUACUGGCGCUGUCGCGAAGAGCAAGGCUGUAAUAACUCGAUAUUUUUAUCAUCAAAGACCAUUGGUGGACGUGUGGAAUGGGCGAUUGCAGCUGUGACAUCAGUUGCCUUCAUUGUUGUAUGCAGAAUUUGGCUGAGAACAUGCGGUAACUUAAAUGGAUUGUCAUUCACCGUUUUGGUGGGAAAAUUUGGACCUACUACUGCUAUGGUGAGCACAGCUGGAUUUUGGAUAUUGCAUGGUUUACCCACGCAUACGAAGACCAAACUUUUGGGGGCUAUGCAACCGGAUAUUCUCGCAUGGCUUGUGUACGCCAUUACAAUUCUUGGAAUACUCACAGUUAUAAUUCAACCACUUUGUGUUUAUCAUUUGAAUGAUAAAUCGAAACGACUUGAACUGGAAGGCGAUAAUAUCAUCCCACAAUUAGCUAAACAUGUGUUUGAUAAUAAGAACAAGAGUCCGCCAGUUGUCUAUGGACUUGCAACUGUUUACAGUGCAGCGUUUCUUUUGAUUAUUAUCAAUCUUGUAUUAAUAUGGCUGUUGGUAUUAGAUUAUGUCGUUGUGCCAUCUUGUAUUGCGCUGUUGGUAACCAUCGGGUUAGCUUUGCUUGUAAAUGCUAUAGCGAAGUUUGAAAAUUGUAAACACAUUGAAGAUUUAUUGGAAGUUUCGCCGACUCAGACGAUGAUAUGGUUUGCUGUGUCGAUUUAUAUGUUUUAUGCAACUGGACAUCAACCGGCAUUCCCGAAUAUUUCCUGGGAGGCUGCUUUUGUCGGAACUGUAAAACCAGAUGGAGAGUUGAUCAAUCAUGUAGUGCCGGCCAUCUUGGUUUUGAUCAAUACUUUUGGGUCCUAUAUCGUGAUGGGAUUAAGUUUGCCAUUGAUCUUGAUUUCUCCAUUUUCCUUCUAUGUUAUGAUGCCGAGUUUCAUUAGCAAACGGAAUAAAUUGAGCUUGAGUCGUGGGGAAUUGGAAUUGUACGAUCGCAAUGAUAAAGUCGGGAGUAAUAUCUUUAAAUUGUGUUGCAACUAUUCAAUGUGUCACAUUAUAAGGGUCUUCGCUAUAAUGCUGUCUUCUACAAUACAUUGUCGGCACCUAAUGGUUUGGAACGUAUUUGCACCAAAGUUACUGUUCGAGGCAAUCGCUUUAUUCAUCACUCUAGUAUCAGUAUUUCUAGGUUUUGCAUUAUUCAUACGCGUAAAUCAUCAGUUGGACAAGUUUGUUGUCAAACUGAGUAAACAAAUGAGCUAGUCAAUUGUAAAGUUGUAUUUACAUAAUUAAUUCAGACUGAAUUACAAGACAAAAACAAUUUGGCACCUUAUAAAUCUCCAAAUUGUAAGAAGAAUAUUGAACCAAACAUCUAAAUAAAUUUAAUAAAGCCUCAACAAGU